AGGAGAAAGGCAUUCAUGACAAUACAAUGUAGAGAUCUUUUCAAACAGCCCCUUCCCCAUUUGUCCCUGUUCUUUUACCUCACUUGGCAGGGAAGACCAGCCAGGCUUCUCCUUCUCCUCCUCCUUCUUCCUAGAGGCGCCGGCCGCCUUGUGUUUCUAUCAACCACCGGAAGUGAGAAGCGCCGGAAGAGGCGGGGCUUAAGGCUUCUGAGGCGGACAUUGAGAGGAAGGCGCUGCCUGAGGAGAUUUGAAAAAAAAAUGAAAGCUGUUACUGAAGACCACUUGUAUCUGGACUACGUCAAACAGAUUGGAGAUUGUAUAUUUCCUCUCCAUUCCUCUGUAUCACUGUUCCUGUUGUCAUACUGUGACUGCAAGACAUUCAGAGUGUUUUUAGUAUCUUCAGAUGAAACAGCUUCAAAUUCCCACCUAACAGACAAAGUACGACCAAGGGACCUAGAUAUUUGCUUCAUCAAAAAGUGUGAACUCCCUUUGGUGGUCCAGAGCUGCUGUUUACCUGCUGUUGUUGAGAAAAAUGGAAGAUUUUGCCGAGCAGGACUUGCUGUGGUACUCAGGCAUAUUAUACAUAAAACGUACGAGGCAGAUCCAUCAAAAGAAGAUAUUCUCCAACUCUUGGGUUUUAAAAAAACCUGUCUGAAAGCUUGUGCUGAAGUUAGUGAAUGGACCAGACUUUGUGAAAUCAGCAUUCCUUUGGCAGUUGAAAACUUUUUAUGGGCCUCUCCUGAGCGUAAAACUAUUCCAGAGGAGAUACUGCAGUUAGAAAAAAAGUUGGGAGAACCCGUAAGAGUGCAUAAUGAUGACAAAAUUCGAAGGCAGAAAGUUAAGCAGCAAAAAACGUUUGUCAGGGAAUCAAAUGAUGUUUCUUCACAAGAUGAAAAGUUAACAGAAGAUCUGGAACCCUGUGGAGCAGAUCUGGAACUGCAAGUUGCUCUCUCUAAAUUAACUCUGCAGAAAACACAAACUGCUACUUCUAGGGAGCCCUCUCACAUAAGAAAGAUAAAAACGUCAGAACUCCCACAGUUGGAACAUGUUUUUGCAGAAGGACUUUAUUUCACAUUGGCUGACGUUGUUCUCUUUCCUUGCAUUCAUCAUUUCCUGGCUUUCAGCAAGAACAACCAAGUUAGCAUCUCACAAUUGCUUUUGAUAUCCAAUUGGUACCAGAGAGUUCAGGAAGUAUCUGGAAUAAAAAAAGCUGCUGCCAAGUGCAAUAUGCAGAUGUGCCAGUAUGUGGGAUCAUUAUCAGAUGAACAUUUGCAAAGUAUCUCUGUGGUCCCUGAUAAGACAGAAGAAGAGCAUGAAGAUGUUCAUUUUAUAGGUGGACCAAGGCCAACCAUGACAAAGUUAAUGGAAAAUGGCAUUAAAGUUAAAUUUUCCCCACAUCCAUGUCCCAGCUGGGUCUUAGACUGGGACAGUCUGCCAACUGCUGUCAAUCCAGGAAAGGGAAAGAUGUCCAGUGACCGUGCUUUGAGGAAACAACAACAACUCAACAAUUUGGUGGCUUUAGUGGCAAAACUGGCUAAACCUGGAGACAUAGUUGUUGAUUUUUGCAGUGGCGGGGGCCAUGUUGGAAUUGUUGUUGCUCACAUACUACCAUCUUGCCAGGUAGUACUCGUGGAAAAUAAAGAGCUGUCACUGGUCCGUGCUAAAGAAAGGAGUGAUGAACUAGGAUUAAACAAUGUUUGGUUCCUCCAGGCAAAUAUGGACUAUUUUAAAGGUGUCUUUAAUAUUGGGGUAGCAUUGCACGCUUGUGGAGUGGCAACAGACAUGGUAAUUGAAAACUGCAUCAAAAUUCGGGCAGGAUUUGUUGUAUCUCCUUGCUGUUAUGGCUUCAUUCAGAACACAGACAAGUUUGCAUUUCCACAAAGUCAUCAGUUCAAGGAAGUAUUGUCCUAUAAGGAGCACAUGGUUCUCUGCAGAUUUGCUGAUCAGACAGCUGUCCAGCUUCCUCCUGAACGCAGGCAAAUAGGUAAACAUUGUAUGGGACUAGUGGAUCUGGACCGGGCCUGGAAUGCAGAAAGAAACAACUACUCUGUCCAAGUGAUUUCCAUGGAACCAGAGACAUGUUCCCCAAAGAACAACUUGAUAGUGGGUGUCCCGAUCUAGUUCAAAGGGUUUUUUUUUUAUCAAUUGGAACCAGUAAUCAAGCCAUGUGUUCAAAGUGUUGUACUAUUUGAGAUAUUAAACUUUGCCUGGAAGCAGA